GCAUCCUCCCCAUUGCUGUAUCCGUGCAUCCUCCUCAUCGCUGCUGCUGGCUGCUCGCCUCCAUUUUUAGCUCUUUUUUUCCUGGCUUCCCCCUGUGCUGCAGGCUGGGAAUGGUACGGUCCUCCCUCCAGCGCCCGUUGUGUCUCCGUGGAUGUUGCUAGAAGGUGAAGGCACCAGCGCAGGCUGUGGAGGCUGCAGCGGUUGCCGCCAGCCCCAAAACACUCCGGGAGAGGGGGCGGACAGGACCCGGCGAGGGGGUUUGUGCUCAGCCUCGGCCCUUCUCUCACCCACCGCUGCUGGCAGGGUCCGGCAGCAUCCUUAGCGAGGAGCCAUGACCCAGGGGAAGCUUUCUGUGAACAACAAACCCCCCAGCUCCGAGGGGCAAGGGGAGAAGAAGGACAAUGCCACGGCUCCACCAGCUCCUCCAACCUACGAGGAGGCGACAGCGGGAGAAGGGAUGAAGUCUGGUGCUUAUCCUCCUCCCCCAUCCGUCCCGCUCCACCCCAGCUGGGCUUACGUCGAUCCCAGCACCAGCCCGAGCUAUGGCAGUGGUGGGUACCCAGGGGACACGGAGAUGCUCACGACCUUCAGCUGGGAUGACAGGAAUGUGCGCAGAGUGUUCAUCAGGAAGGUUUAUGCCAUCCUGAUGGUCCAGCUCUUGGUCACUCUCGUUAUUGUGGCUUUCUUCACCUUCUGCGAGCCGGUCAAGGGGUACAUUCAGACGCACUCUGCCUGGUAUUGGGCUUCCUAUGCUGUUUUCUUUGUGACCUACUUGAUUCUUGCUUGCUGCUCUGGACCCAGGAGGUAUUUCCCAUGGAAUCUGAUCCUGCUGAGCAUCUUUACACUCUCCAUGGCUUAUCUCACUGGGAUGCUCUCCAGUUACUACGAUACCAAGUCAGUCCUUCUGUGUCUGGGGAUCACAGCCCUGGUGUGUCUGUCUGUCACCAUCUUCAGCUUCCAGACCAAGUUUGACUUCACCUCUUACCAGGGCGUCCUCUUCGUGAUGCUUAUGGUUCUCUUCUUCGGUGGCAUCAUCCUGGCUGUGACACUGCCCUACGAACACGUCCCUUGGCUCCACGCGAUCUACGCUCUGCUUGGUGCCAUUAUCUUUACCAUGUUCCUGGCAUUUGAUACCCAGAUGCUGAUGGGGAAUCGUCGAUACUCGCUGAACCCAGAGGAAUACAUCUUUGGAGCCCUCAAUAUCUAUCUGGACAUCAUCUACAUCUUCUCCUUCUUCCUCCAGUUCUUUGGCUCCAGCCAGGAGUGAGUGCAGCAAGGCAGUAUCUUCUCUUUGCUGGCAAGAUGCAAGUGUUUAAAAAAAAAAAAAAAAAAUUAAAAGAAGAGGAGAAGAGGGUUAAAAAACAAACAAAACCAACCCCACCCUUUCUGGCCCACUAGCAGGCUCCAUUCAAUCAGCUGAGUAAAGCUCCUGGGUUCCUCAUGCAGCUUGUAUAUAUGCUGUUAGGCCUUUGUGACCCAGAAAGCAAAGCAGGGCUUAAGUGUUGUCUCUUCUGCUCCCUCCACUCCUACUGCGAUCAAACCAGACCAGAGACUGGGAGGCACGAGACCAAAAUCUUCUCCUCCCCAGAGGCUAUCAGAGUUGCCUGUCUGAGCCCUGCGCAUCAUGGUGAGAACAGCUCUGCAAAGAGAAAACAACACUAAAGGGAGGAGAGUAGAGAAUUUUUCUGUGAUCCCGGCAGGAAAACCAGCUGAACAAAAGGGAAAAGGCUAGGGAAAUCCUUGCGCCCCCCUCCCUGUUUCUCUCCUGCAUUCAUUUGGGAGCCUUGUGGCCUCUGCAGAGAUACAUUCCUGAUAGUACCUGCUUUUAGAAGUGCAAAGCAUGGGAUCGCUUAGUCUGGAUGUCCCAGCAAUCAGUCUUCCAGGCAAGGGAACCUGUUGUUCAGGAUGUGCAGCCUCUUUGAGGACAUCCCUAAUGCCCCUGCUGGAGGAAUUCUGUAUCCUUUGCGUCUGGCAGCGGGGCUGAGUUUGUACUUCCUUUCCUUCCUGGAGUGGGAUAGCAGGACCACCAGCUGUGGGCUCACCGCCCCACCCAAGGUGGGGGAUGUCUGUGUCACUGCUCCCUCAAGUGUGGCUCUUCACCUGGGAGGGCUGUGAUCCCCCGUAAGGAUGACUGGAGGAGAACAGAUGAAAGAGGCUGAGUUUCAGAGCCCGUGCAAAGCCAGGCACCUCCUGAUGAGAGUGGUGCAGAUCCUGUGACCCAUCAUGAGGAUCUGAUGCCUUCGCAAAAUGGUCUUGGUUGCUCGAGAUUAAUGGUCUUAAGUGGCUACUGCCCAGAGACUGAGGCCAGGGUGAAUGUGCGUUGCUCAAAAUGGGCGCUGCUUUGUAGCAAACGCCAACGUCGCCCCUUGCUCUGGCCGUUCUCUAGAUUUGCUCUCCCAGAUGGGGAUGUCAGUGAGAGCGCUGGAUGCCUCUGAGUGCUCGGGUAACUUUCCAUCUUCCCCUUGCUCACAUUCCCCUGUUUGGGGAUUAGCUGGCUAAUUUCUAACUGUAAAGCCCCAGGUGGAGAUAAGAGGCCUUUUGCUCUUAUUUAAAAAGUGAUCCUUCCUGCUGAUAGAAACCCGUAUCUUCAAUCUCUUUGGGAAUGCCAGGGCAAGUGCGUCACUGAGCUGCCUCUAGCAGUCCCUGCGUGUUACAGAGAGGCUAUGCCAAAAUGCUUCGUACCGUGCAUUCCUCCUCUGCGGCUGCCCCGGCUUUUACCCUUCACGUGUUGUAUCCUCCAGCCACGCGGGUUCAAUGCCCCGAGCUGGGCAGAGGAAAGUUACUGCGCAGAGAGGAGAAACGCUUUGGCCGCUCUGUGACUGCACUGACCUCGUCCGUGAUCACACACAAGCACAACUGAUGCUUUUCACCGUACCUUCCCGCUCCCCCAAACCAAACACGCAUCCCCCCAUACUGCCCUGCUUUUUAAGGAAUAAAGGAGGUUAUUAGGUGAAGGCGGCACGGUUCAUGACACGCUGAUUCUGCAGUGCAUCACAGAGCAGAAACCCAGGCCUCGAAUGGCUGAGCAGGCAGAACUGGGAGAGGGACAGCAUGAGAGAGACCCUAAAAGUUUAGGAAAUAGGAGUUUAAAGAGGAAACUUUCUGGCUCGGAUCCAUGCAGGCACUUCUGAAAUAUCUUAGCAGACUGGCUGUGCAGCCUUUUUUUGCUCACAGCAAAAGGCCUGUAGGUAUUUCUGCUUUCCAGCUUUUGAGGAGGCGGUAUUGAGUUGUGUGAUGAGUUCUGGCUCUGAAAUAGUCCUAAAACUCCUCCUCUGGGGGACAAUCUAAACCAGAGCUCUGCAGCCCUCCUUUCUGCACCGGGACUCCUCCAACCUUGCCCUGCACACCCUGGGACCUGGGGAGGAGAACACGGAUCUGCAGCCCACUCUGGAUCUCUUGCUCUUUUUCCUGCAUGUGGUGUGGAGUAACUUUGCUGCUGCCUGAGCUGCUGCGACCUCCUGGCUUUUUGCUCCCGUGUGGGAAAAGCUUGCAUGGCACCCGCUCCAUCUCCAGGCCACCUGAGCAGGGAUGGCUCGCUGCCCUCCCGUGCCCCUUCACAGGGCUCCCUUCUUGCAUGUGUCCUGGUCCCUCUUCUGCGCGGACCCCAUGGCUUGCAGUCCAUCCAAGCCAGACCCAGUGAAAGUGCUCGGACUGAAGCAGUGAGUAAUAUGUACGUGCUCAGAGCGGUGGAAGUCCUCGUAAGGCUGAGCGACACAGGAUUAGGGGUGGGAUACAGCUAUAGGCACGUUCCUCCUGGGUUCCCUGACCAGCCGCGCAGGGGAGGUGCAGGGCUGCUCCUCUUUCUCCCUGUGGAUGUCCUUUACCCGAGGUCUGCAUAAUUCGGAUCCUGGCUCUGUAUCCCCCCGCUUCUUUUAUCUGGCCAUUCUUAUGAUUUCAUUGUAAAUAGGAUUUUGUAUUUUCUCUGAACAUUGCUAAUAAACUGUUGCAAAACUGUUA